AUGACUGAUCUUGGAAAACUUCAUUUCUUCCUUGGCAUCUCCAUCAAAUACAAUGACGCUGGUAUGUUUUUGCAACAAAAGACGUACGCUAUGGAGAUCCUUCAGCGAGCAAAUAUGUCAAAUUGUAAUCCAUGCACAACUCCAGCGGAUGCGCGCGCUAAACUAUCAGAUGAAGGCAGCCCUCCAAUGUCGGACCCCACCUUAUAUCGAAGUCUGGCUGGCGCUCUUCAAUAUCUCACCUUCACCAGGCCCGGCAUCUCUUUUGCAGUACAACAAGUUUGUCUCUUCAUGCACGCACCGCUUAAAUCCCAUUACAAUGCCUUGAAGCGCAUCCUUCGCUAUCUUAAAGGAACCUUGGACCAUGGCUUGCAACUUACGCCUAACACAUCUCAGACUCUCACUGCCUACUCUGACGCCGACAGGGCAGGUUGCCCAUCGACAAGACGCUCCACCUCUGGUUACUGCGUUUUCCAUGGUGACAACUUAAUCUCAUGGUCUUCCAAACGUCAGCAGACCGUCUCGCGAUCCAGCGCAGAAGCGGAAUAUAGAGGUGUCACUGAAGUCACAUGGAUAAGGAACCUCCUACUCGAGCUCCACUGCCCCUUGACGACUGCAACUAUCGUCUACUGCGAUAAUGUAAGUGCCGUUUAUCUCUCCACGAACCCAGUUCAACACCAACACACAAAUCACGUCGAGAUAGACAUACAUUUCGUCCGGGAACGCAUCGCCAUAGGACAUGUUCGAGUUCUUCAUGUACCAUCCUCAAGCCAGUACGCAGACAUCUUUACAAAGGGUCUUCAUUCACCUAUAUUCUUGGAAUUCAAAUCCAGUCUACGCGUAUCUAAAGACCCGGCUUCGACUGAGGGGGAGUGA